GUUCAGUUCAGUCAUUGCCGGCAUUUCGAACUGUUUGGACGUGUGAAGCGGACAAAAUUGAAACUGUUGCGUGCAACUCAAUGUAACUGCGGCCUGGCCAGGAUCCCAGGAUCGUCCCGCUGCCCACGCCGAGCAGUCGCUCGCUCGCCGCGCUCUGUGGCCAAAGAUAACGAGGUGGAAGGUGACGACGUCAGCGGGAAGCAAGGCAAACAAAAAGGAAACAAUAAAAAUAGUGAAAACUUUUGUGCAAAAAACAGACAAAAUAACCAUUGCAAAUAACAAGUGGAAAAAGAGAAGCUGCAACCAAAGUAAACUAAAUUUAAUUUAAUAAUAGCAGAAAAUAUAAAGCAAGCUAAAAACAAGCACACCCACACACAAAUAUAACCUGUAUGCAACGCGAUGGGUUUAUUAGUGCUUCGAAAUAGAGAAAAAGCAACUAUUGCCGAGACUGCUCUGCUACGGCUGCUGCUGCUGCUGGCGGCUGCCGCUUGGCUGGUAAUACCUUCACAGGCCACAAGCGGCUUACGCGUGCCCACGUUCCUGCUGGAGCCCUCGCCGCGCCUGCUGUUUGGCAACGAUACGGGCGCACAGGUUAGUUGUACGGCACAUGGGAAUCCAGCGCCGGUGGUGUCCUGGGUGAUGCGCGACGGCACUCUGGCAACUCAGGUACCUGGGCUGAGAAAAAUAUCUGGCAAUGGCACAUUGCACUUCCCACCGUUUUUGGCGCAAUAUUAUCGCACGGAUGUACACGAGGCCACCUACCGUUGUCGAGCCAGCAAUGAGGCCGGCACAAUAUUGAGUCGCAAUGUACAGGUGCAAGCAGUUGUGCGUCGUCAGUUUCAUGUGCACGUGGAAAACACAGAAGUCUAUUUGGGAAAUUCGGCGUUGAUUAAGUGCGCUAUACCGGAAUAUGUGCGGCCUUAUGUGCGCGUGGCCAGUUGGCAUCGAGGCGAGGAGAUACUGCUGCCGGAACUGUCGGAUGUUGCCGGUCGCUAUGUGGUCCUGGCUGCCUCUGGUGAACUGUAUGUGCGCUCGGUGCGCGCCGAGGAUGGCCUGGUGAAGUUUAGCUGCCUGGUUACGAACACACUUAAUGGGGAUCGACAGCGCAGCGAUGCGGUCGUACUGCAGGUAAAAGAGCUAAGCAAGAACCUGGCGCCGAGCACCAGCCAAAAACCAGUAAUGGAAAUUCAGGUUGAACGUGGCAACGAUGUGCAUUUGCCGUGCAACAUACAGGGCAAUCCAUUUCCCAUAUUCACCUGGUAUCGUGUCUCUGACUCGGCGGCGCUUUAUCCCAUACCAUCGUCACAGCGCGUGAUACUCUCGCGCACAUUGUUGCUCAUCAAAAAUGCUGAUGAAAGGGACGCGGGCAAAUGGAUUUGCCAGGCAUCGAAUCAGUUUGGGGAGCAGCGCAUCGAAAUUCGUCUCAGUGUAAAUACGUUUGUAUCUGUGCAUAUACUGCCACAAGUACAAAUUGUCAAUUCGGGCGGAACGGCAAUUUUCAACUGCACGACAACUGGCUCAGCGAUCGAUGCCAUCGACUGGCUGCACAAUGGCAAACCGCUGCAAGCGAAUAAUGCACUCAGCACCGGUCGGGAUAACAUACGCUUCCUAUCGAAGAGCUCGUUGCUAGUGUUGAAUGUGGGACGACGCGACCGCGGUGUCUAUCAAUGUCUCGUGGAGAAUCAUCGCGCCAGUGCGCAGGCCAUGGCCGAACUGAAGCUGGGCGACACUGUGCCCGAAUUGAUUUACACGUUCAUUGAGCAGAAUGUGCGUCCGGGGCCAUUAAUAUCGCUUAAGUGCUCCGCCAGCGGCUCACCGCCGCCGCAAUUUGCAUGGCUUCUGGACUCACAGCCCAUUAUGGAUGUGUCUUUGCAUCAUCGCUUUGCAAUUGGCCAAUUUGUCGACAUGUCUGGCGAUGUGAUAAGCCAUUUAAAUAUCUCACAUGUGCGUCCCGACGAUGGCGGCCUGUACAGGUGUGUGGCUAGCAAUACUAUGGGCAACGUUGAACACUCCGCACGGCUGAAUGUUUACGGUCCGCCGUAUGUGCGUGCUAUUGGACCCAUAAAAGCCGUUGCUGGAGAGGACAUUAUUGUGCGCUGUCCGUUUGCCGGGUAUCCUAUUGACCAAAUUCGCUGGGAGAAGGCACAUCAGGAAUUGACAACAAGCGCACACUAUACGCUCAGCACGGUGCAGGAGGGGGGGCAGCUUGUCAUCAAGAACGUGGAGCCUGGCAGGGAUCAGGGCAUCUAUACGUGCAUCGUUCGCAGUCGGGCUGGCGAGGAGGCGCGUCGCGACAUGCAAUUGAAUGUGAACAGUCCGCCCGUCAUUGAGGCCUUCAAGUUUCCCAAGAAUCUGCAGGAGGGCGGACGCGCGCAAAUCACCUGCGCGGUAUCCUCUGGCGACAUGCCCAUCUACUUUAGCUGGAAAAAGGAUGACAGUGUCAUACCCCUCAGCCUGCAGAUUACCGAGAAGAAGGAAGAGUUUUACUCACUGCUGGUGUUCAAGGAUAUCAGCGCCAAGCACAGCGGCAAAUACACCUGCUAUGCCAGCAAUGCUGCUGCCAAGGUGAACUAUACGGCGGAACUGCAAGUGCGCGUGGCGCCGCGCUGGAGAUACGAGCCCAUGGAUACGGCCAUUAUGUUGGGCAAUACAAUAUCGAUAAAUUGCGAGGCGGAAGGAUAUCCGAUUCCAGCUAUUACCUGGUUCAAAGGACAGGGCAAAGCCUCCAAGGACUUCAAGCCACUAAAUAUGCGCAAUCAUUCGCUGCUCCUUAAUCUGGCCACGGACAAUGAUGAGGGUUACUACAUGUGCCAGGCUACCAAUGAAAUUGGCGCCGGCCUCAAGAAGAUAAUACGCAUCAAUGUGAAUGAGCCGGCGCGUUUCGAGCAGCCCGCCCGUAAUGUCAGCUCACGUCGGAACGAUCCGGUUACAUUGGAUUGCCAUGCGAAGGGCGAUGAGCCCAUAAGCAUUGCCUGGACACACAACAAUGGCCGCAUAGAUCUGAAUAACUUUCGCUUCAGCAUUGCAGAGAUGAAAACGGAAAAAGGCGUGGACUCGCAACUCACCAUUGGACACUCGGAUCGCCAUGAUUCGGGCGUAUAUCGUUGCAUAGCCGAGAAUCCAUAUGGACGCGCAGAGCAAAUUAUUUUUCUUGCCGUGCAAGAGCGACCUGAUACACCCUCCAAUCUGGAAGUCUUUGAGGUUGGCUCCCGCACCGUUAAGCUAAGCUGGCGACGACCCUUCGAUGGAAACUCGCCCGUGCUCAGCUACCUGGUGCAGUAUCAAGCGCUCAAGUAUCUGCAGUCGCACGCCGCACUGGGUUCCGCCGGCGGCGACUGGAAUGGCAUUAAUGUCAUCAAUGUCACGCUGCCGUCGACGAGCAUAAGUCGCAGCUAUGACAGCGAUCUACGCGAGAAUGCCAUUGUGUCGGGUCUGUCCCCGGCGACAACAUUCCUGAUACGCAUGCAGGCCAUCAACGAGAUUGAGCGUAGCGCCUACACGGAGCCGAUAGUGCUGAAAACACAGGAAGAGGCGCCCAUAGAGGCACCAUCCAAUGUGCAGGUGCAAACGGGUGGUGAAAGCGAGCUGAUUAUAACCUGGCAGAUACCGCCCCGCGAGUCAUGGAACGGCGAGCUUAUUGGCUACACCGUUAACUGCACCGAGGAAAAGCAGAACAUUAACUACAUAAGCGUGGUGAACAGCUCCCUUAAAUCGGUCAUUGUCAGCGGCUGGGCAACUACUAAGGCCACCCUUCGAGGGCUCCGCAAGUACACACGCUACGCAGUCACCGUGCGGGCUCUCAACAGUUUCGGCUCCGGGCCCUGGAGUGCGCCCAUCUUUGGCACCACAGCCGAAGGCGUGCCGGAGGCUGCACCGCAAAACGUUAACUGCUCGGCACUGUCGUCGCAGAGCCUGAAGAUAUCGUGGAUGGAGCCGCCACUGCAAUUCCAUGGCGGCAUAAUACAAGGCUAUAAAAUUUUAUAUCGUCCCAUAGUGCAUCAAAUUGACUUCCCCGCGAAACUGGAGAUAAAACGAACUUCGAACCUGGAAACGUAUCUGCAUACUCUGCUGAAGGCUACCAACUAUUCGAUACGCGCUCUGGCCUACACGGCCACCGGAGAUGGCAUGGCCAGUCAGCCAUUAUUUUGCCAAACCGAUGACGAUGUGCCCGAUGCGCCGGCGGCCAUUAAAGCGGCAGCCUUGACGGCUGAUUCGAUUUUAAUUUCAUGGCUACCGCCGAAGAAUCGCAACGGCAUCAUAUCGCAUUACACGGUAUACGCGCGCGAAGCGGGUCGUAAGGGCCAGACCAAGACUCACAUGGUGCGCGUUGACGAGAACGGCUAUCCAGUGACAUUCGAGGCACGCAGUCUGGCCGAGAAUCAAAUGUACGAGUUCUGGGUCUCUGCAUCCACAUCAGUGGGUGAGGGUGAGCCCACAUCGGUGGUGGCCCAGGCCACAAAUACACGAGCACCUGCUCGCAUCGCCUCAUUUGGCCAGGUGGUGCGCAAGGCCAGCGGUACCAGGCUCGUGCUGGAGUGCCUCGCUGUGGGCAAUCCUACGCCGCGAGCGCGUUGGUUGACGCGUGAUCGUCCCGUCACCUUUAGCCCCUUCUAUGAGGUGACCAAUGAGGGCAAUUUAAGAAUACACCGCGUUGAAGGCAGCCUGUCCGGAAAUUAUACCUGCACAGCAAACAAUCUCUUUGGUAGUGACGAAAUCCAAUAUCAGGUGAUUGCUAUGAAGCCGCCCGGCGCACCACAAAUCAUUGUGCAGUACGCAUCCGCUGACAGCAUACGUGUCAGCUGGGAUGCACCCGACGAUGGUGGAGCGCCGCUGCAGGGGUACACCAUUUCGUAUCACACCGUCGGCGAUAGCUGGUCACAGACGGAGCUGCUGCCAGAGAACAACGCUUACACGAUGACGGGCCUGAAGUGCGGAAAUCAGUACAUUAUAAAAAUGUCGGCGCACAAUUUGGUGGGCGAUGGUGCGGCCAGCGAGGAAAUUAAUGUCUGGACCAAGGGAAAAGCCUCCCAGGCGCCCAAUGGCAACGAACUAAUUGCCACAAAUGCAACCUGUGUAAAUUUAAAGCUGUCAUCGUGGCACAAUGGCGGCUGCAGUAUACAUCAUUUCUCUAUAGAGCACCGACCGCUUGGCGACAUACGCUGGACAGUUGUCACAUCGGAUAUAUCGAACGCCGAAGAGAAUCGUGAAAACUUAAUAUUCUGCGACUUUCUGCCCGCCAAGUGGUACCAGCUGCGCAUCUCCGCUACCAACGAUGCCGCCAAAACGACGGAGCAUUAUCAUUUCAGCACAACGAGUCUCGACGGCAACACUAUACCACCGCCUCCAGUGUUCCCGGCGGAAAAUGAUUUGAUGAACAAUCUUAUAAAUGUGACAAAUCCAACCAGCGGUGAUUGGUUGGCAACGUUUAUUGUCGUUGUCAUAAUCACAGUGUCCAUCAUAACGAUCGCACUGACCAUCAAACAUCGCCGCACCCUUUGCGGCCCCAUUGCCGAGGGCUAUGAGUCUCGGGCGCUGCCCGGCGACUUCAAGGAGGAGCACGAGAAUAGACGCAAUCAGCAGGUGUACAGCGCCUCGCCGGUCAAGACGGUGGACAAGAGUAAUGAGUCGGAAAUGUACGAGAUUUCACCGUAUGCCACGUUCAGCGUGAAUGGCGGACGGACUGGCGCACCGGCGAAGACACCUACACGCGGACUGGGUGCCCAAACACCGCAUGACUACACCAUGCAGUUCAAGACAUUUGGGCAUCCGGAGGGCGAGAAUCUUAAUGCCACGGCCUAUCCAUUAUUGCCAAAUGCGGCCUUCGGGCAUGUCAAGAGCAAGUCCAGCUGGCACAAGCAGCGCUACUAUAAUACUGAUGAUGAGUCUACGUUGAGCAAGUCAAUGACCAUUGUAGCUGGCUCGCAGUCCGGACAUUCCAAGAAGUCGAGUGGAGCACGCAGCACCAAAAGUGGCAAUGCCGGUGUAGUACCGGAGUCUGAGUCAGACACCAGCAUCAGCCCCAGCGCCGAGUUCUCCAAUAUGCCCACCUAUCGAGUUCCUUGUAAGUCCACGCGCAGCAGCGAUGGACGCGCCGUUGUAGAUAUGUUUCGGCCUGACUCAAGCACCGAGUCAAACAAUGACCAGGGUUCGCCAGCUCUGGAGCGGCGACUGAAUACGCCGCGGCACAUUGGCUUGCCGAUGGAGAAGCGCGCCGCAGGACAACGCAGCCGGAAGCAUGCAUCGCAGUCGGGAAACCAGACGUUGGAGCGACGAAAGUGCCCUGGUAGUAACAACAGUGCUGGCAGUGAGGUUGAGACUGCCGCUUCGUUGGCCGCCUCCAUAGCGGCUAUGGCAGGCGGCGAUUUGUCCGGUGGCUUCCGACCGCCGGCUGGUUUCCAUGAUGCACGCGAAUUUGGCGACCAAGCCGAGUGUGAGCGGGAGCAGCGCGCCUUGGACUUGGAGGUGCAGCGCGUGAUGGAAAACACCAGCGAAGCGCAGCUGGCGAAAAUGGAUCGCGAGGAAUUGACCUCACUGUUGGCAAGCGUCUACCAACCUUGAACUUGAACCUUGAACCGCAAAAACUAACCAGCCUGCGACCCCUAGGUAUCACGAGAAAAAGGAGCAGGAGCGCCAAGAAUACACGAUACACGUUUAAUACUAGCCUAGCCGCAAAGAGCAACAGCUGGCUCUGACUGACUUGGCCAGAACACAGACUUACCAAAACACCGACACUGACACGCCUAAAAAAAAAAAGAGGCAACAUAACUGUGGCAUUUUAAUGCAUUUACUUAACCGAGUCGCAAGUCGACAGCUCAAACUCAACUCUAAUUGUUGUUCGUUAAGUGUAUAAGCUAAACUCUAGUAGAUAAGUCAGCACGCGUAAUUCUCGCAAAUGCAAAUCAAAGACUAUACAAAAUCUAAACGUAUUUAAAACUGACUGUAAACCCACAAAAGUUAUCACAGAUUUCCAGAAGUAUUCAUACUCAAAUGUUAAGUGUCUGCUAGAUAUAAGUAUACAAACAAUUACAUAGGAGAAUAUGAA